CCCCGCGCAGUUAAAUACAGAAUGGCCGCCAUUUGUCUAGUGCGAAUAUUUGAAUGUGUGUCCCCCGAGUGCCUGGAGAGCUAGAGUGCUCGUAUAUACGCGGCUUUGGAGGAGUGUGUGCGUGAUUUUUCAGCCCAAGGAUACCUCCCGAGACGACCCCAGCGACUGUACGGUCGGCGCGAGCAGCAUCACUGGCACUGACUCUUCUGUAGCCGCCGAGUGGGUGCUCCUCGGUAAACCGAUCGGCUUGCGAGGAUAUUUGCUCACUACCCGUGCACAAGAUAUGCUCCUUCCGUAGGCAGCGGCUCUUCUGAGCUCAGUCCUGUCGUUCUAAGUGAACAUUGCUCGGGAGCCUCGGGCAAGUCAUGCAGGACCGAAAAAUGGACAGGGCCCUUUGAAGAGUCCACUGCAGGGACAACACGAUGGCGUGGCUACCAAUGAGGCGGCAAGCCCGCUGGAGCGUGGCGGCAGCAGCAGGCUACUUGCGGCUGCGGUGGCGGCGGCCGAGGAGCUGGGCAGCAUGAGCCUGGCCUUGACGCAGCCCCGGUACCCGGGGGACUUUCUUCUUGACGCUCUGGCAAGUGUGGAGGGUGGUGCAGCGGCCAUGGGGGCAGAGGAGGAGGCCUCGUCAGUGGAGCCAGUGGCCUUGCCCCCUCCACCACCUGCCAAGAGCCGCACCUCACACCACAACUGCUUUGGCUUGCCCUACCAGGAUCACAACUAUGGCGCUCCCCCGCCAGCCACGCCCCCACAGAGCCCACCCCCUCCACCGCCUUUGCCACCGGCACCAUCACCGCCACCAUCGCCCGGCCAGACACGGUUCAACGGCACAUCGCCGGGCCUUCUGGUCGAGGUCGGCAGCCCUCCUCCGUUGGUCAAUGGCGGGUCAACGGCGGGCGACAGAAAAGAGGAGUGCAGUGCCCCCAGUGAGGAGAGUGUGACGCGCUGCAUCUGUGGCUUCAAUCAGGACGACGAGUACAUGAUCUGCUGUGACCAGUGCCUGGUGUGGCAGCAUGUGGACUGCAUGGGCCUGGACCGCAGUCACAUCCCCGAGACAUACCUGUGCGAGCGCUGCUGCCCGCGACGGGUGGACAGGCAGCGGGCCCGCUCCCUCCAGACUCGCAAGAAACACCAGAUGGCACGUCUGCUGAGCCGGCUUGAGUCGGCUCCUCCCGAGGACGUAGAUGCCACCAAGAACGUUGAGUGCAGCCCUGCUUUUAAAAGAGGCUCACGAGUGGUGCGACGUAAGCGGCAGCGCUCCGAGUCGUCCCCUGAAGCCCCAGCGGUGCACAAGAAGGCCACGAAAGAGAAGAUUGAACGCAAGAAGGUCAAGUUAAAAGGCAUGGUGAAGCGAACUGGCCGUCGCCUGGCGCCCUCUGCCGAAGAGGAAGAAGCUGCGGUGGGAGACCCGUGGCGAGGGGGCAGUGGCGGCAGCGAGGGGCCCCCCAGCUAUGAGCAGGCAUCUGCCAACCAGUACAGCCCAGAGGUGCAGCUGCUGGCAUCCAGCCUGCAGACCAAAGGCGUGGCGAAAGAGGAGCUGCUGGCCCAGGACGGCUGGGAGGGCGCCUGGCAACUGGAUGAAUGCGUCCCCCGAGGCCGUCAAGGCCGUCAUCGCUUGCUCACCACUCGUGCUGUGCCUGCUGAGCAGCCACUGCUCGAAGUGCGCGGGAAGUUCCUGUCAGCCAGUCAGUUCCGCCUGCAGAAUCCAGUCUUCCAGAAGAGGCUCUACCCAUGUGUGCUCUUCUACAAGGGCUGGGCAGGCGAUGAAGAUGGAGUGUGUGUGGAUGCUCGCAUUUAUGGCAACGAGGCACGCUUUGUGCGCCGUUCGUGCCGUCCCAGUGCACGGGUGGUGCACACCCUUCAAGGGGGACUGCUGCGACUGUACCUGGUGGCUGACCGAGAUUUGGCACCUGCAGAGGAGAUCACCAUUCCCUUUGACUUUGACUACCGCCACUGCAUCCAUCGUGUGACCUGUGCGUGUGGUCAGGACGACUGCAGACUUCACCAGAGAAAGACCGGCACUGCUACAUCUCCGAUGGAGCGCAAACGACGUAGCCGCCGCAGUAGCAGCAGCCAGGUGGAAGCUGAAGUGAAAGAGGAGGUCGCUGCUGUCCACGAAGAGGAUGUGACCAGCAGUGGGCCUUCUUUCGACGACAGGCCGCCACCGCCGCCGGUCACAGAUGGCUCGUCCAAUGAGCACCAGGAAGGAAGCCCACCCCUGGCAUCCCCCGACUCCGGUGGCCAUGGGGUCAGUGCGGCAGGAGACGACGUAGAUGGAGAGCUGCCUGACCCUGGUCACAGUAGUCGCCGGCGCAAAAUGACUCGGGAGGAGCGGAAGAUCGAUGCCAUCAUGCGUGCAUUUGAGAAAAUGGAGCGCACCGAGAAACGUCGCCAGCUGGCCCUGGAGCGGCUGCAGCAUCGGGGAGGGAGGCCGUCAACCGAUGAAUGCCGGCCAGAGGUGGAUGAGCGCUCUAACGAGGAGACUCCAGCUCUUGAGACUGACCCUCCCGGUCUGCCGGAGGAUGCUGAGCGCUCUCGCUCUCUACGAGUGGGAAGUCGCAAGAGCAGCAGCAGCAAGCGACGAAGGAGCACACAGUCUCGGCGCACACGCACACGCAGCAACAGUGGUGGGCCCGAGCUGCUUCUGGCGGCUGCGGCCACAGUGGGUGGCCUUGAGUGCCCCGAGGGCGUGUCCUUCCCACCGCCAGCCUCCUCUCCCGAGGAAGAGGAGCCCUCGUCACCGCCACCGACAGAGCUCUCACCCCAGCCAGGCUCCCCACAGGGCCAGCCGCCUCCUCUGCCAAAGUCUAAGAGGUUUCUGAUGCAGGGUUGGCUCCAUGAAAAGCGUCACGAAGGAGCCGGACCGUCGUCGGGCGACGGCCCUCCUGUGUACGUACGCUGCACCAGGGACACGGGCAGUGCUGGCAUCUCGGCUGCCCACCUGCGGAGGCACAGUGGCUCAGCGGGCAGCGCCUGCAAUGCUGCUGGCUCGGCAAAAAAGCGCUGGUUGCGGCAGGCCAUGUUUGAGACGAGUGAAGAUGGCCCAGACGAGGGGGAAGGAGCUGAGCUGCCCGUGAGCCCUAUGCUUGAGGACAGCAUCUCACCUCCACCAGCUGACCUGGUGACGCCCUUGAAGAAGCGGCGGCUGAUGCGCAACUCUCUUGAUUCGGUGGGUGGGCUGUCACCAGCCACGGGGGAGGCGGCAGCCACCCUGCUGUCCUUCCAGACUCCUCUGCUGCUGCACCACCACUACCCGGAGGAGGAAGAGCAGCAGCAGCAGCAGCCGGAGGAGGUCCCAGAGGCCCAGCCAGCGCUUCAGGCGGAAGCCAGCAGUGCGGGCAGCCCCUUGGUGGAUGACCCCCCGACUCCCCUGGAUGACGAGGGCUCGGUCGACUGGGAAGAAGGGCCGUCCCCACCAGCCGCCCUAGGCCCACGGCUACUGCCCCCCCUGACCAGUGGCCAGCCAUCACCCCUGGAACUGGCCGGCCGCACCCUGGAGGGCGGCAGGAGGCUGCCGUCCGCACCUCGCCUUCCAGAGCCCCUGCCAGGUCCACACGAUGAGGACGAAGCUUCUGCAGCCAAGCAGGUGGAGCCUGAGGUGCGACCAAGCUGGGGCACCGAGGCCUCGGACUCUUCGUCCUCUUCCCCCAGUGUUCGAGGUGGCAAGCGCAAGGUGAGCCUGUCUGAAUAUCGGCAGCGGAUGCGAGACACUGCACGACCGCUAGCUGCAGUGCCGGCCAUGGCACUGCCUGACAUCAAGCGUGGUUCACUCAGCCAGCCUCACGACAUCCCACCCGACUCCAGGGCUGUAGAUGACGACGAGUCUUGGCCCCAGCGAGAGCGGCUGAGCCAGAGGCUGCGCCGAGAGUUUGGCUUGCUGGACGAUGACUCCGACACAGAGAGGGGCACCACCCCAUCAGGUCCCGAAGAUGCCCUGCUGCCCCUGGGUGCCCCCCACAUGUACGGAGGGUACUUGCCACCGCCCCUGCAGGUUCUGCCCUUUGGCACACCUCUACAGACCUUGGAUUCUGCACCAGCAAGCGUGCCAGCAUCACAUCGACCCGGUUACUUUCACCACAACUAAGCCCAGUGGUGCUGACAGACCUGUAUGAUAGUGCCCCUCUCACUACUUUGUUUUCUCACCUUUGAGUGGGAUGACCCUCGAAGGCCAGUUGUGUGCUCAAAAACACCCAUGGUGACAGCUAGUCUGCGCACAGCAUCCCUGUGGUACUGGCUGUCGGACAAUCCCAAGGUGUUUUGUUGAGACGUUGUUUCCACUGUGCUCUUGUGUCAAGUGGGCUCGCAUCCAUUGUGUACAUAGCUAUACAUAGUCUCCCAACAUGUCCUGUCUGUUGUCAUGUCAUGAUUUCCGGUGUCUAAUUCGGGUGGCCAUGGCGAUAAAAUCUGGUUCAGUUCUCCAGUGAUGGCCAUCCUUACAAUGCUUGUGUUGCACUGCAGUGCGACUGCAGCACCGUUUUUAUACCUGUGCAUUUUGUACAUAGUGUACAUAAGGACUCGAGUCUAUUAAUCAGCACCGAUGCUGAUUUAGACAUGUACAGGUGUUUUUAAUUUUCUGCCAGCUGUACGAGACCAGAGCAGUAUAGCACAUUGAAAUUCGGCAGCUGCUAUAACGAUUCGGAAAAACAUGCCUCUGUGUUCUGUAUACUUUUAUUUGCGACUGCUGCUUGACAUGCCUGUUAAAGUGCUUCGAUAUGUGGCUUGAUGACGAAGAUCAGUCAUAGUUCUGGUCACGUGUGGUUCAGGAUAUGUAUGCUCUACUCAUGCCAUUAGUAAUGUUACAAUUCUGCAAGUGGUCAUUUAUCAAGCUACACUGCUCUGGUUUUGUCCAUCUUUUAUUCUCUUUUCGAUGUCAACGCAUGUGCUCCCACUUUGCAAUCCUAUUGUUAUGCUCAGGGUUUGAUUGAUAUGGUUGAGCAUGCCUCUUUUAAUAUGAAAAAAAAAAGAAGUUAAAUUGACAAAAACCUGUGUGAUAACUUAUUUUAUAUAACCUGGGCUCAUUUGUGUGUCUUUAUGAGCAGCCCCUGACACUGUGAAAGAGGGGAGCCAUGGCAAAGCUGCGAAGAAGCGCCUAUUCUUUCCAUGCCUGAAGCUGUAAAUAAACAUUGCUGCCUUCUUGA